AUGGAAUCUCCUGAUUCUGCGGCUGCCGCCGCCGCCGCCGCUUAUUCCUCGUUCUCUGCUUCUCUCCCGGCACUGGUGACGGCGCCAGAUGAACUGCGGCGUGUGAAGUUCCUGUGCAGCUUCGGCGGCAGCAUCCUGCCUCGGCCGCUGGACGGAAAGCUUCGGUACGUCGGUGGGGAGACGAGGAUCGUCAGCGUGCCGCGGGACGUGACGUACGAGGAACUGAUGGCUCGGAUGAGGGAGCUGUUCGAGGGAGCGUGGUCUCUCAAGUACCAGCAGCCAGAAGAGGACCUCGACGCACUGAUAUCGGUCGUGAAUGACGACGACAUCACAAAUAUGAUGGAGGAGUACGACAAGCUGGGCGCCGGCGGCGACGGGUUCACGCGCUUGAGGAUUUUUCUGUUCUCUCACCCGGACCAUGACAGCGGGGGAUCCUCCACUUCGGCUGCAGGCGCUCAAUUUGAUUCCUCCGACGAGCGGGAGACGGAGAGGAGACGAUAUGUGGAUGCCCUAAACAGCUCGAUCGACGGGAAACACCAGUUCAGCGUUGAUGCCCUCGGUGGGGUACCAGGGACGGAUAGCAGGAAUCAGGUGGCCAGUGAUCAGUUUCUUAGCCACAGGGGGAUGGAAGCAGGAAUCCAUGCUCAGUUCAGCAUGCACCACCUUAAUAUCCCUCACCAAGCUUCUGUUGGGCAGAGGUACAGUGACACUGAGGGGCCACGGAGCCCUGUGUACUGCACUCCAGGGCACCACGUUCUCCAUGAUCCACGGGAAUUCCCUCCUUCGCCAUCAUCCAGACCGCACCAUCCCGCGUUUGGAGAGUCAAAUGACAGGAUUCCAGAGGAGUAUAUGAGGCAAGCUCCUUCUCAGCAGCCUCCUCACCAUCCCUCACUUGUGGAGAGUGUGGUCUGGCUGCCUCCUGGGGGUACUGUGGGAGAGAUGGCUGGAUUUCCCGGUAACCUGGGACAUAUUCAUAAUGUUUGUGAACCUAGUAGUGUAUGUGAGCACUGCCUAAUGGCUCUUCGGAGGAACCACCUAACAGCUCCUGAAGCUCGGUUUCAUGACAGUCGUUGGAAGCAGUGGCAGACUCAUCUAGAGCAUUUGAAUGCAGAAGGUGAUUUCGCCGGCCAGUUCUCUAGCAGUACAUGCGCCGAGUGCAUCCAUAUCAGGGAGGCUUACUUGUUAAACCAGGACAACAUUAAAUUGGAUCAUCAUGUCUAUGCCAAGGAGCACAACGAUCAUCACCACUUUUACAGUGACGUUCAUGGUCAGGAGAGGGGAAGGGUUCUGCAGCAGCACCAGGUGAACCAUCUUCUUGAUGAUCCAAGAGUGCAUUACAGUGAACGGUUCCCAGUUGAUAGAAACGGAAUGAAUUUCCCUGUUGCACAUGGAAAUUUCUAUGAAUUGCAUUCGGUGCAACCCAACUGCAUUCGUGAAAAUCCUCAUUACGUUCAUUCUGCUGCUGAACCGGGGAAUGAAGUAUAUCAUGACCAACAUGCAACUAGUGUUGGGAACCAUAUGCAGGCACCAAGGGUUGAAGAGAAUGGGCUCCAGUAUGGAAGCAAUCCUCUAUAUGGUGCUGAUGGUAUCUUUCAAAGGCCACAUGUUUCACCUCCUAUUGUUAAUUUUAGUAGGAAAGCACAGGGCGCUGGUCCACCGUAUGAAGCAUCAGGGUCAAUGCUACAGCCACAACAUGGCACAGGUCACAUAAGAAGCCCACAAGACGGCAGCAUAGGAUUUCCUGGUGUUGGUAUGGAUGAUAAGGUACCUGGUAGUUGGAGUGUUCAUGUUAGCAAUCGUUUGAACAAAGUAUUUCCAAUCAGUGGACCCGUAACCCACGAGUAUUAUGAUGACCAAGCUGUGAAACCCAAUUUUCACCUUAUCAAUAAGGAGAAUCAACAUCCCUUCGGUCCUGAAGGUGUUCAGUAUAAGCCUGGCCGAGCUGACUAUGCCAUCCUAAGUGAGCCUGGCCAGGCUGAGGUAGCCCCAUCUUUGUCUUAUGUGGGAGAUAAUGUGGCUGCAUAUCCAAAUCGCCAAUCCAAUCCGAUAUUUCAUUCUGAUUUAUCCAGAGAUGUUGUGAUCGGUAGCAAAUUACCUGGAAGGUCUUAUGAAACAAGCCACGCCAAGGUAUCUAUGGAGCCUGAUGCAAGCAAUAUUCCUUCAAAGGAUGAGGAAGAUGGUAAUUUUGAGCCAAAGGAGUCUUUGCCUGUUGUGAAGAAAGGAAGCUCUCUCAACGUCAAAGACUCAAAUGAACGGGAAGAACCGUCCAUUCAAUGCUCAAAUUUAUUGCCUGAAAUUAUUUCUUCAGUCAAGAUGAUCAAGCUGGAAGAUCUAGAUGAGACGAAAGCUACGGUUCAUGCAGAUGAAGAUACUAGUCCUCUAAAUGAUCUCAGCAAGAAGGAAUUAUCUUUGCACAUCUCAGUACCUGCGGUGAGCUCAUACCUAAACAUUCAUUCACAUUAAUUAUUUUUAACGAUAUGGGCAUGGAAUGUUGUGGCAGAAAACUUAAUUAGUUUCAGCAUGCCAUAUUCUUAUGUAAUCUUGAUCUACAGACUGCCCAAGAAGACAUGGGCGCGGACUCGGACGCUGAGCAGCCUGCCUUAUCAGAGAUUGAGCCAACAGUGGCAGAGGCAGAGGCUCGAGCUAAAGGGUUGCAGGUAUACAAUGAUGCGAUCACCAGUUGGCGCUUAUACUCAUUCCAUCCAGCUUCGUUUAUACGUCUCUUAUUAUCUGCAGACAAUUAAAAACACUGAUUUGGAGGAAAUCCGAGAGCUGGGCUCUGGAACUUAUGGGUCUGUCUAUCACGGGAAAUGGAAGGGUUCAGAUGUUGCUAUAAAAAGAAUAAAGGCGAGCUGUUUUACUGGGAAGCCAUCGGAGAGGAAACGCCUGGUUAGUUUCCAUUGUUUUUGUGCCAUUAGUUUCUACUGGAUAUUGUAGGAGAUAUUUAAGAUUCCUUAGUUGCAUCUUCAAAGAUUCUGUCUUUCCAUGGAAGGCUCAUUUCCUACGCAGGGAAAUGAUGGAGGCAUUGUCUGGGAAACCUAUGGAUUCCUCCGCGUGUUUCCUAACAUUUAGUGGAUUUAUGUAACACGUAACAGAGUCCUUUCCCCCAUGUCAUUAUGGAUUUUGAUCUCUUUAGCAAUCUGAAAGUUUUUGAUUUUGUUCCUCAUUGCACCGUGUAGAGGUGAUAAUUUGAUUCCUGCGAGAUUGAUCCUGGUAUGACAUGAGGUACUUCCCAAUUGCGAAUUCUGACAGGAAAUGACCUAUGCCAGGAACUUGAAUCGUUGUCUCCUCUAGUGGUAAGAUCAUCCCAGGAGAAACAUGGAAUUAAUUCGCUUGUCCGACGAUCGUCACUCCUGGCCUAAAAUCGUUAAAAUUAGAAGGUUUUGAUGGCCCUAUAUAUUUUACAAUUAUCGGAUAUAACCACUGUCAACAAUUUCUUUUCUGACAUUCAUUGCAUUGAAGUCUCUCUUCCUGUGAUGGCCUCCGAGUUAUGCCUACAGAAGAGUGCAUGUAAUUUUUUUUUGGAAAACAUCCCUUUUUUUUGGGAAACUUGUAUACAGAAAAAUUCAGCUAACCAAUUGAUUUAUCACGUGGUAAACGUACCGCUUCUUAAUUUUACAAGGCCGAUGGUGUUGUAGAACAUCAUUCAAGGUAAUAUCAAAGGGAACCUUGCAAGGAUACAUGUUUAAGAACUUGCUGAUUGCUGCGAUUGUCUUUGGUGAUUAGGUACAACAUCAAAUUGCCAUCAAAAUUGAUUAGUUAUAUCCUUGCAAGCAUCUAACUAAUGAAACAGAGAUGCUGGGAAACGCAUGGCCUUGUGUAGUGGGCAAUAUUCUUGAUGAAAUGCAUACCAUGUGUAUUGCCACUUUCUACUCGAUUUAUAGAGUGGGGGGCUUGGCAUCUGAUUGACCGACCACAAGAAUUUCGUCAUUCUAAUAUUUAGGGUAUUCAACUGAUCCUUUCUGUCCCAAGAUUAGAGCGGAUAAAUUCUGUGAAGUAUCCUGAAUUCUAUUGCAUGGGUCCUGUGAUCAAUCCACCGAUUAUUUUAAUUGGUUUUUAUUUAUUUUAUUAAUUCAUGGGAAGUCAUUUAUUUCGUUGCUUUCCAAUUUUUUAAUUAGAAGGAUGUCUGAAAUAUGAAGUGCUCUCACAGAUCGCAGAUUUUUGGAAAGAAGCUUUGAUCCUGAGUUCGUUGCAUCAUCCCAAUGUUGUUUCUUUCUAUGGUAUUGUUCGGGAUGGGCCUGAUGGUAGCCUAGCAACGGUGACAGAGUUCAUGGUAAAUGGAUCUCUGAAACAAGUUUUACAGAAGAAAGACAGGUAUUAUUUGAUAUGUAUGAUGAAACCAUUCCUAUCAUGAGAAAAAAAAAAAGCUUUCUUUUCUCCUCUCCUCUCUCCAUCAGUUUAUCUUUCUGCCCAUCACUGAUGGCAGCUAGCUAUUCACAAUGCUUACAACAUUGUGAUGCUUUGCGAUGAUCCUAAGCAGAACAAUCGACCGUCGUAAGAGAAUCAUCAUAGCCAUGGAUGCAGCAUUUGGCAUGGAGUAUCUGCACGGGAAGAAUAUUGUUCACUUUGAUCUCAAGUGUGAGAAUCUAUUAGUGAACAUGAGAGAUCAUCAUCGACCUGUCUGUAAGGUAUCAUAACAUCCAUCCACAUUGCAUAUUUGUCUGUCCAAAGUAGUUGUCCUAUUUCUUUUAUACAUAUAUAUAUAUAUAUAUAUGUGUGUUUUUUAAUAUUAGUAUACUCAUCUCCUUUCAACAGCCAUCUUCUCUUUCUGUUCUCGGAAGCAUGCCUUGUAUUCUAGAUUGUAACAUCUUUCCAAAAACACGUGCACAGAUUGGUGAUUUGGGUCUGUCAAAGGUGAAGCAGAAGACCUUGGUGUCCGGCGGCGUUCGCGGAACCUUGCCAUGGAUGGCGCCUGAGCUGCUCUCCGGGAAAACUAACAUGGUUUCCGACAAGGUCAGAUAUCAGACCCAGAUGGCAAGCUUCUCUCUUCUCCGACGUACUCUGCCUUCUUUUUUCUGAUCCUUUGCCUUCUCAGGUUGAUGUAUAUUCAUUCGGCAUUUCCAUGUGGGAGCUUCUCACUGGGGAAGAGCCCUAUGCAGAUAUGCACUGUGCUUCUAUAAUCGGUGAGAAAAACCAUGUAAUUAUAUAUUUUAAGAGAAAAAUCAAACCCAUUUUCUGAAAAAUCAAACCCAUGUAACUAUAAUCUGUGUUUUUCUUCUCAGGAGGGAUUGUGAACAAUACCCUGCGACCCACCAUCCCAACGUGGUGCGACCCGGAGUGGAAGUCGCUGAUGGAGACCUGCUGGUCUUCCGACCCGGCUGACCGCCCGUCUUUCUCCGACAUCUCCCAGAGGCUGAGGAAGAUGGCGGCCGGCGUCAAUGUGAAGUGA